AGAAGUGCGUGUGAUGUUGGCAGACGGUUGUAAAGCACUCACCGAACGAUAGUCUAAGAAUAAAAGACAUAUAAAGUAUCGGUUGUCGGAGUGGAGCCAAUUCCUGGAUUGCACUCCAAAAGUACCCAAAAACUUCAGAAUGGGCUGUUUCUUUUCAAAGAAAUCCAAAAGAAAAUCAUCCGAAAAGGAUUCCACACCUACGACGACCGCGGCAGAAAGUGCGACCAAUAAUGUGGCCAGUAACAACACUGAAGAGGCACCGAAGCAAUACAGCUGGGACAAACGAGAGAAGGUUGACCCUAAGGACUACAUGUUGACAGGUCUGAAGGAUGCCACAGUAGGCCGUCUUCCAGGUAAACUCAACGGCCAGCAGUUUGUCAUCCAGGAGUGUGAGAACUGCAACAUCUACAUCUUUGACCACUCAGCCACCAUCACCAUCGAUGACUGCACCAACUGCCGCGUGGUCCUGGGUCCGGUCAAAGGCAGCGUCUUCUUCCGUGACUGCAAGGACAUGAAGUGCGUGGUAGCGUGCCAGCAGUUCCGUACCCGCGACUGCAAGAAGAUGGACAUUUUCCUGUGCUGUGCCACCCAGCCCAUCAUCGAGUCGUCCACAGGCAUGAAGUUCGGCUGCUUCCAGUACUACUACCCAGAGCUGGCCUUCCACUUCAAGGAUGCCGGGCUGAGUAUCUUCAACAACAAUUGGAGCAACAUCCACGACUUUACCCCGGUCUCCGGUGAGACAAACUGGAGCCUGCUGUCUGAGGAUGCAGCUGUCCUGGACUAUGUUCCGCUGCCGGACCCUGAGUCAGACUUCAAAUCCGUCCGGAUCUCCACUGACCCAGGGCGGAGCAUUGUGCCCUUGACCCGUGGGGGGAGACGCAAGGAGAGCGACGAGUCUUGCCUUUUUGUGUUCUUUGCUGGGGACUACACCACCGCCAAUGCCCGCAAACUCAUAGAUGAGGUUACCGGAAAGGGAUUUGUUCUGAUCCAGACCAAGGAGGUUUCUAUGCGGCCAGAAGAUGUCAACAGAGUAUUCAAGAACAAUGCAGAAGGCCUCAAAGAGUUGAUAACUAAAGGCCCAGUUGUGGCUCUGGAGUUGAAUGGAGAUGGGGUGGUGGAGGCCUGUCGCAGUAUUGCCAAUGAAGUGUUCAGUGGAACCAAGGUAUUUGUUUCAGAAAACAAAAAUUCCUCCUCAAAUGAUGUGGACAACUUUUUCAACUUCGCAGACAUGCAAAUGGGAUUGUGAAGCCUGAAAUCUGGAAUAAAAAGACUUGUGUUAUUUUUGUGUAUUUUAACUGGCAGUAUUGUGUAUUUACUGACACAAUGUGUUUGUAAUUGUGUAAUGUGUAUCUUAUUAGUGGAAUUUAAACUGAACACAAGCACCACAAACAGGUUACAAUCAGUUCAUUUUUGGGUAAAAUUGUAGACUGGCCAGAUAACCUCAGUUUAUUGAUUAUUGAAUGUAAUAUUGUUGGAAUAAUCUGUUUU